AUGGAUAAGAAGAUAAAAACUCUGAAUUACCCCAACAAUCAUGUCGAUCAGAACCCCAAGGUACUCCGGUGGCCAAACAAAGUAGAGGUUGCUGAUUCCUUCACUAACUGGGAGAAAUCAGCGCUUCUUCAGAGUCGCCAAUCCCUUUGCGUUGACAUGGUGGCAGAUGACGGAAAAUGGGGAAUAUCCGAUAAAUGUUUAAACCAGCAAAACUUCAUCUGUCAGAUCUCAGACAGAAAAGUUGUUAAUCCACCCACUGUGUUACCAGCAAAUGGCUCAUGUGACCCUGCCUGGGAGGCCUACUCGUUUUCAUGCUACUUCUUCUCUCAAGAUGACUCUAAGAGCUGGCUAGAAGCACAAAGGGCGUGUGAAGAUGAAAGAGCUUAUUUAGUCAAAGUGGAUGAUGUCAGAGAGAUGUCCUUUAUUAGCGGCAAGCUAGUGUCUAGCUCGUGGAUUGGAAUCAAUGACAGAGAGACUGAGGGACAGUGGGUGUGGCACGAUAAUACAGUAGCGACCUAUAACAACUGGGCCCCUGACAAACCAGACAAUGUUGACUCGGGCUCUGAAGCUCACUGUGGAACUGUUCUGUUUGGAAAUGCCAAAGGACUGUGGGACGAUGUACGGUGUAAUGAACAUCGAGCGUACAUUUGUGAAAAAACGAUAGCCUCCUUCACAGCAAAAUGUGGUAUGUUUUGGGAAGAUGACUCAUUCAGUGAGUACUGCUAUCAGGUCAAUGUGGGUACUUUGUCUUGGGAUGAAGCUAGAUUGCAAUGUCAGCACAAUGGUGGAGAUCUUGCCAGCGUGACCAGUUUGCGUGAACAGCAAUAUAUAGCAGGCAAGAUUGGUGCCAUCUCAGACAUGCGUUAUUACUGGCUUGGUGGCAAUGAUCUACGGUACCAAAACGUAUGGACGUGGAAUGAUGGGGCAGCGUUUGCAUAUCUUAACUGGGCUAAAGGCCACCCUAACUCAGAACAACGCAAAGACUGCAUGGAGAUAGACGCCUCCAAAACUGAAUGGAAAAGCGAGGACUGCCGACAACGGCGAGGGUACAUCUGCAAAAAGAAAGGACACGUCACCGUUACCACGUCCACUGUAACCACAGUUGAUAUAGGGUAUCCAUACUGUACCGACGGUUGGAAGCAUAACGACCAGAGCUGUUAUAAAGUGGUGAAGGACAAGAAGCAAUGGAGCCUUGCCAUAAACGCAUGUAGAAGAGAAGGCGGUGAUCUGGUGUCUAUUCUGAGUGCCAAUGAAAACAACUUUGUCUCUAGCUUGACAGGGGAGAUGGGUUAUGAUCCGAAAGAGAUUUGGCUUGGGCUGAAUUCCAAGAGAAUGUUCAACCAGUAUGAGUGGACAGAUGACUCCGUGGUCACUUUUACAAGUUGGAAGGAGCGGGAGCCCAGUGGUCACCAUGGAAACGGACAGUGCGUCAGCCUACUGACCACAGCAGAGGACAUUGGUAAAUGGAAGAACAAUGACUGUGAUCAGUGGCUUCCCUUUAUAUGUAAGAAGAUUGCUACACAUAUGGUGUCGCCACCUACCGUAAUGUACGACGGAUGCAAUAAGACUGCCGUUGGUUACAGAGGAUCAUGCUACACUGUGUCCAACACAAUUGCUACAUGGACAGAAGCUGGAAGGUUAUGCAACGGCUCGGGUGGAUAUCUCUUAGCACUAAACAACCAUCUGGAGCAAGCCUACAUCUCAGGACUGAUUGGCAAUAAGGCAACUGAUACAGAAUACUGGAUUGGUCUGAGUAAAGGCAGCGUGGAAAGUAGCUACAAAUGGCUUACAAAGAAUUCACAAAGUACAUUUACAAACUGGAACAAGUUUCACACAGGGAACGAAGAGUACGUUUGUGUGGCAGUUUCCAAGACACCAGAUAUCACAGGUGAAUGGGUGGACAGGAAGUGCUCCCAACGAAAGUUAUUCAUCUGUGAAUACCCCAGGGCUGGAUAUGUUGGCGACACUCCCACCACACCUUCUGUGUCUUAUGAGUGCCCGGAAGGAUGGGGCUGGAGAGAAUUUGGCGAUUUUUGUUAUAAGAGAUAUCACCACCGAGGAGGGUAUAGUUGGUAUGAAGGGCGCGACCACUGCAGAACGAUAGGUGGCGAUCUUGCAAGUUUUCAUAGCGAGAUUCACCUGUGGAACGCUUCCGAUGUGUCCAAAUAUGCGCUUCGUUCACCCGACAUUUUCUGGAUUGGCCUGUCUAAACCAGACAAGAAGACCAGUCACAUUUGGUCGGACGGGUCAGCGCUUGAUUUCACGUACUGGAAAGACGGGGAACCGAAUGACCACAAUGGACAGGAAGACUGUGUUGAGAUGAACCGCCAUCUUGGAAGGUGGUCUGACGUCAAUUGUUACGCCAGCAGGGGCGUGCUGUGUCAGUUACGGAAGGGCGAUCCCCUCUUAACUACCGUCACAGCAACAUCGCCAACACCAGCUUCUCAAUGUGGUUCGGAUUCAAAAUGGUUUGCAUACAAAGAUUACUGUUACACUGUGAGUCAAUCCUAUGGAACGAAUGAAGUAGUGUCAUGGCAAGACGCAAGAGGGCAGUGCUUGCAGUCCGGCGGGGAUCUAGCCAGUAUACACGACAGUGAUGAAAAUGACUUUGUUCUUUAUAUCGCAUCUCACAAGAGUUUUGCUUCGAAGUACUGGAUUGGACUGAAUGAGUUGGACUUAGAAAAUUACAAAUGGUCUGAUGGCACGGCUACUGACUACACAUCCUGGAGUCUUAACGAACCAAACGAUCUCCAUGGUGGCCAGAAGUGUGUUAUAUUCAUAACCGAAACAGGGCAUUGGAGUGACGAGAACUGUGGCGAAGCACUGAGCUACAUAUGUAAGAAACACAAAGACAGCAGUACAACGGCCACACCCACCCCAACACCAGUCAUACAUGGUCAAUGCCCAGUUGGAUUCCAUGGGAUCGGAAACAAGUGUUACUUGAUCCAAGGAGAUGGCACUGACGUCAGUACGUUAAAGAACUGGACGGAGGCGAUAGAUGCAUGCGCAGCACUGAAUAGUAAAUACACACUGGCUAGCAUUACAAACCCAUUAGAGGAAGCACUAGUGACGACCCUUCUGAAAGGGAAAACAGUAGAUUUUUGGCUUGGAAUCAGCAUGUUUUGGGUGGGCACGAGGCACAGGAUGAGGAAAUUUCAAUGGACUGACAACACAAAAGUUGACUUCCUAUACUGGGACCACGGAGAACCCAAUGGCCAGUCAUAUGGAGCUGAUAUGGAAAAUUGUGUCAGCAUAAGCACUAAGACAUUGUCGGUUGGGCAUUGGCAAGAUAGAAAGUGUGCGAUUAGGAUGGGAUAUGUGUGCCAAGCUUGGAAAGACCCUACCUUGACCACCCAAGCACCAACACAGGCCACUACAUCUUGUCCCCUCGGUUACUUAUCCUUUGGGGACGCCUGCUACCAAAUGACGUCACCUAUGACGUGGGAAGUAGCCAAAGUCACGUGUGAGAGACAACAAGAUACGCUGGUGUCUAUAAUGGAUGGAUAUGAACAGGCAUUUCUCAUGCUGGUAACGCAGCAGCCCCCACAGCCCAUUUGGCUGGGUAUUUAUAGGAAUGGGUCCACAUACCAAUGGGUAGAUGGCUGGCCAGUGGAUUAUCUCAAUUGGGCAUCAAUAGCGCCCAUAGGCAUAGAUCCAUCAAAAUGCAUCGCUCUUAUGCCAGGAGGCCGUUGGAAUGAUAUGCCGUGUACAGCUAACCUGCCAUCACCUCACCUCCCACUAUUAUUCCUGAACCUAAAAACACAGGGCAGUGUCCGAGUGGCAACUCAUGGCGUCCAUACGGCCACCACUGCUAUCAAUUUAACCAACAAUUCAAGAGGUGGGGCCAAGCGAACUUUCAUUGUUAUAAACAAGGCGGGACGCUAG